UUGUUGGUUCAGCGUCGUGGGAGUUGAUGGCUCGGCUGGAAAUUCAGAAGCCAGCAAUGAACCUGCCUCCAGAAAGAGGGCGAGAUGUGAAUCAUUCUCUUCCACUAGGCUCGAAAGCAUGUAGAGAGAGAAGCAGCGAAUGACAAGUUUAUGGAAUUGGGUGUAAUUUUGGAACCUGGACAUCCUCCCAAAACAGACAAGGCUGCAAUCUUGGUCGAUGCUGUCCGCAUGGUGACACAGCUACGCGGCGAGGCAAAGAAGUUGAAGGACACUAAUUCAAAUCUUCAAGACAAAAUCAAAGACUUAAAGACCGUGAAGAACGAGCUGCGAGAUGAGAAGCAGAGACUAAAGACAGAGAAAGAGAAGCUGGAGCAACAUCUGAAAGCCAUGAAUGCUCCUCCUCAACCAAGCUUUUUCCCAUCCCCACCACCUAUGAUGCCAAAAACUGCUUUUGCUUCUUCUCCGCAUGGCCAAGCUCCUGGAAACAAGAUGGUGCCAUUCAUCAGUUACACUGGAGUUGCCAUGUGGCAGUUCAUGCCUCCUGCUUCUGUCGAUACUUCUCAGGAUCAUGUCCUUCGUCCACCUGUUGCUUAAACUGGGGAGAAAAGAAACCUCAGCUUUUGUUUUAUCUAUGUUUUAUGUUUAUAUAACUGUUAUCUGUUGGAACAAUGUUAUGACAUUGUAAACUCUAAUUCCUUGACGCAAUGUUAUCUAUUCACAUGUAAA